UCGGGGUAUCGGAAAGGGACCUUCGCACAUCUCAUUCGACUGCUGCACGCCCAAGGUCCCGCUGCCGUGCAAGAGUUUGACCGCAGGAUGCGUCUUAUGCCAACAUUCGGACGGGACACGAUACGGCGGUUCAGGAAGAACGUAUCUUGCCAAAACCGCGUGGCCGCGCGCGACUUUGAAGACUACCUCAUCGUCUCCAUACCUGCUUUCGAAGGACUGCUGCCUCUCCGCGACAACCGAACAGUCUUACAGCUGUUGUUCGAACUAGUGAACUGGCUCUCCCAGCCCCUGUUGUAG